AUGGAUUUUGGCGAUGACCUAGCUGGGAUGAAUCUGGACUUUAUGUUCGACUUGGGCUCUCCUGCGUCAUCCCCGGUCACAAAGUCUAACAACACUGGAAGCAUGGUCUCGCUCUUCAGUAACUUCAGUAACUGCUCCAUGAGUCCACGAUCAAACAUCCAAUGUUACACAGAAGAAACACAGAGUGUUCAGAGCCUGCAUACAACCUCCCAUCCUUCAGCCAAUACUUUACUUCGUCCAAUAUUUUUUGACUCUACUGUACAAGAUAGCUAUUACUGCGAGAGUACAGGCAGCGAUGGGGUUGGAGCUUCCUCUAUAGUGCUGGAUAGUACAGCUGAACCCAGCAGCGUGGCUAUUUCGGCUUGCACUCUUUCCCCCGGUACCACCCAACCCGCUCUGCAUCAGAGAAACCUAACGAAAGCCAGAGAGAGGGGAGACACACGCUUGAUUCAUGCAGCAUAUGCUGGUGAUGUUUCCACCGUUUCGUCUCUGAUGCACUUGGUUCAGUUGAAGAAUACUCACGGGAUGACGGCGCUGAUGGCUGCUGCCUAUAGUGAUUGCGAUCAGUGUGUGUCUAUCCUCCUUCCGUUUGAAAACCGUCUUCAAGCUAAUAACGGGAUGACGGCUUUAAUGUGUGCAGCGGCGAAGGGGAGCAUUAAAAGUGUAUCAAUGCUGAUUGACACAGAACUGCGGAUCCAGGAUAAGAACGGGAGAAGUGCUCUUAUGUAUGCUGCCCAGAAAGGUAACUAUGAGUGCGUGAAGAUGCUGUUAGGAGAGGCUACGCUGACUGACAAGGCUGGAAACACGGCCCUUAUCAUAGCUACCAUGAUGGGAUAUAUGCAUUGUGCUCGGUGUCUUCUUAAGCACGAAGCGGGCUUUAGACUGCCAUCCGGGCUGACCGCCCUUAUGAUAGCAGCCCACAAAAAAGACGCAGCAAUAGCAUCUCUACUUCUUUCAGAGUGCAGGCUGCGUGACAAUAAAGGAAAGACUGCAUUGAUGUAUGGUGCCGAGGCAGGCGCUGACGGAUGUGUGGAGAUUCUUAUGACCCACGAGAGUGGUGUCCAAGAUUGUAAGGGUAAUACGGCAUUAAUGUAUGGAGCUAGGGCGGGGCAUUUUGGAUGCGUCGAACUCCUAGCAUCAUUAGAGUCCCAGUGCAUUAACUCUGCUGGGUACACUGCACUUAUGAUGGCCGCAUGCGGGGACUUUUCGGACUGCGUGGACGCCCUCGUAGAUCUCGAGGGGGGAAUGACAGACAAGGAUGGCCGUACAGCGCUGAUGCUUGCGGUGUCAUCAGAAGCCGUCACCUCCGCGAAACUGCUACUCAGCGAGGCUAGAAUGGUCGAUAAAGUAGGGAAUUUCGCAUUAAUAUAUGCAGUUCACAAAAACAACGAGGCCCUGAUUCGUUUGUUAUCUGAAAGAGAGGUACGCAUGCAGACACCUAAGGGGUAUACAGCGCUUAUGAUUGCUGCAUCAAUGCCCUGUAAAGAAAUAACUGAGCACCUGCUCGAUGAGAUAGGGCUUAUCACAAAAGAUGGGUAUUGUGCCCUAUACUAUGCAAUAGAUGCUGGUAAUAGUUGUGCAAUUAACCUGCUAUUACCGUAUGAAGCUUCUCUUCUGGGGAUAACGUCAGACAUGCGGUAUGCUCUGUGCGGCGACGUAGUGUCCUUGGCACUAUCCCACACUCGGGGAAUACCAUACAGAGACAAGUUUGGACGGACGGCACUUGUGUAUGCAAUCUUAGGGAAUCACCUUAAAUGUGCUGAGCUGCUAACAGAAGACAGUGAUAUUGCUGAUGUUAACGGGUGGACCCCUCUCAUGUAUGCGGCGAAACGAGGCUAUACUCAGUACAUAGAUUUGCUUCGAGGCUCUAAUUGCUCUGCAAUAAAUAAAAAUGGUCACACACUUCUAGAUAUCGCCAAGAAGGCCGGGCAUGCUGCCUUCCUUCAUGCGGCAACCCAUAUUCUUAGUUAA